AUGAAUCUGCAUCCCCAAAGCGUGGAAUCUUUCCUAUGGCAGCAGCAACCUGGUCCAGAAAAGUGCUGCCGCUGGGACAGUGAGGCCGAAGAUGCCCUGAAAUGCUUGCCGAAGGACACACCAGUCUUUAAAUAUGAAGGCGCGUCUCAGAUGGAAGCUGCAGCCCGCUCUGUGGAUGACGGGAGCGGCGGCUACUGCGUAUUUCAUGAUGUUGUGGACAGUCUUAUCCUCCUUGACUGCAAACAAAAGGGAAUCAAGCGACGAGAGUUUUUUACAAAAUCCAAGAUCUUAAUUACAAAAAUGUUGACACAAGCACAUGAAGUAGCUACAGAAUGGAUUCAGGAAGAAAUGGUCGCCAAGAUCUCAUCAAUGAGCAUGAAGUUUCAUGCAUAUCUUGUGGGCAUUGGCUCUGCAACUAUUGAGCACAAGGAGCCGGACUACGCCGUCCGACCGCUUAAUCUCCCCGUUGGGAGGACACCCAAAUGGCCAACCCUUGUUAUAGAAACGGGAAAAUCGCAAAGCCAUAGUGACCUUGACAGGGUCGCGAGACGGUGGAUUCAGAAAUCUUCUGGCGAUGUAAAGAUGGUCCUUACCGUCAAGGUGUCUCGAACCAAGCUCACAGUUCAAAGAUAUGGCCGCUCGGGAAUCACAAGGGCGGCGGUCCUCCAAACUAUCACCGUCGAGAAACGUGGGCAGAAAAGCCCUGUUCAUAUAGCCGGCGGUCCUUUAAUUAUUCCCUUCACAGAUCUUUUCCUUCGAACCGCAGUUAGAAACCAGGCUGAUAUAAUAUUUAACAAUGCAGAGUUAGAAGAGUGGGCAAAGUUCGUUUGGGAAACUUUCUAA